AAAGAGGAGGUGAUAAUGCACCAUGGGAACGGUCCUCAGAAUGUCCAGCUCCAGAGGUCCAGGUCCUUCACAGGCAGUGAGGGGGAAGACCAGCCAUCACAUUCAAAUCUGCCCCAGUCCCCUGCAGCUCCAUUUGCUCCUUCAGCAAGCCCAUCUGCACCACAGUCUCCUAGUUACCAAAUUCAGCAGCUUAUGAAUCGAAGUCCAGUAGCUGGUCAGAAUGUAAACAUUACCCUUCAGAAUGUUGGACCAGUAGUUGGAGGAAACCAGCAGAUCACCCUUACCCCUUUGCCAAUUCCCAAUCCUACUUCCCCAGGUUUUCAGUUUAAUUCUCAGCAGAGGAGGUUUGAGCAUGGCUCCCCAUCGUACAUUCAAGUUACCUCCCCUUUGCCCCAACAGGUCCAAUCUCAAAGCCCAACCCAGCCCAGCCCUGGGCCAGUGCAGGCAUUACAGAGUGUACGUGCAGGCACUCCUGGCCCGGGCCUGGGUAUCUGCAGCUCCAGCCCCACUGGAGGCUUUGUGGAUGCCAGUGUCCUUGUGAGACAGAUCAGUUUGAGCCCUUCCAAUGGCGGACACUUUGUGUAUCAGGAGGGCUCAGGCAUUACCCAGAUUGCUCAGGGAGGACAGGUUCAACUCCAGCAUGCUGGGGCCCCUAUUACGGUUCGAGAACGCCGACUUUCCCAGCCCCAUACGCAGACAGGCGGUACCAUUCAUCAUCUUGGACCUCAGAGCCCGGUAGCUAGUGGUGCCAGUAUGCAGCCUUUGACUAGUCCCAGUCACAUUGCGACGACUAGCUUGCCACCCCAGAUCAGUAGUAUUAUUCAAGGACAACUGAUUCAACAGCAGCAAGUACUUCAAGGACAGCAGUUGAAUAGACCUAUGGGGUUCGAGAGACCUUCAGGUGUCUUGAUAUCUGGAGUUGGAGGAUCUUCAGCAUUUGGAAUGACUUCACCACCCCCUGGACCCACCAGCCCUUCUAGAGCCAUUGUGCCCCAGGGUCUUUCCAACCUUCCUCUUGCUCCUGCAGGAAGUAUAGGAGUGAAAAAAGUACCUAAAAAAUUGGAGGAAAUUCCACCAGCAUCUCAAGAAACAGCUCAAAUGAGGAAGCAGUGCUUGGAUCAUCAUUACAGAGAGAUGGAGGCUCUAAAAGAAAACUUUAAGGAGUACUUGAUUGAAUUAUUUUUCUUACAGCAUUUUCAAGGGAAUAUGAUGGAUUUCUUAGUUUUUAAGAAAAAGCACUAUGCACCCUUACAAGCAUAUCUUAAGCAAAACGAUUUGGAUUUUGGAGAACAAGAGGAAGAAGAACAAUCUGAAGUCAUUAAUGAUGAGGUAAAGGUUGUGACAGGAAAGGAUGGGCAGACUGGGACUCCUGUUGCUAUUGCAACCCAGCUUCCUCCAAAUGUUUCUGCUGCUUUUUCAUCCCAGCAGCCAUUUCAGCAAAUGCACACAGGUUCUCCAAUAGCUGGAACUGUGAAUACUUUAGAAAUUGAAGCAUUUAAGAGACAGCAAACACUAACGCAAGCAGAUUCACCUAAGAGGCCUCGAAUUGAUGUGGGCUGUCAUGGGGUAGCCUUUCAUUAUCCAGCUGUGACUUCAGGAGUCCCUCUUCAGCAAUUAAUGCCAACAGCACAAGGCGGGAUGCCUCCCACUCCUCAAGCUGUACAGCUCACUGGACAGAAACAAAGCCAACAGCAGUAUGAUCCAUCCAAAGGUCCUCCCGUGCAGAAUGCUGCGAGUCUCCAUACUCCUCCACCUCAGCUUCCUGGGCGGCUGCAGCCUGCAAAUGUCCCAGGCACGUCACUCCCAUCAGCCCUGCAGAUCUCUCAGCAGCCCCACCAGCAGAUGAUGGAGACCCAGCUUCAGCCUCCAGUUCCAGUGAAGACCCAGCCACCCAGCAUAGCUAUCCCUGCUGCUCCAGCCAGUCAGCCUCCCCUUCCUCAGGCUCUUGUGCCAGCACUCCACGUCCAGAUGCAAGGACAGAUAUCUGCACAGAUCUCUCAAUCUCAGGCUACAGUACAGCCGCAGACUGUUUCAUUGCUGCAACCAUCUGUGGAUCUUGCCCAGGCUUCUCAGCAUCUUCUGGCAGAUUCUCUACCUCCCUCAUCUCUUCCACCAUCAGCUCCUUCAGGGACAGCACCACCCGCUGUAUAUCCUUUACAGACAAAUGGAAUUUCUCCAGUGACCAACAAAUCUUUAUCCCCUGUUGUAUCCAAGCCCCCAGGCUUAGCUGGAGCAAUAGCACCAACAAUUCAGACCCCAGCCCAGAAUGCAGAGGGCCUGGAUAGUUCCCAGGACAAGCUUGCUGAGCAAAUAAAACUGGAAAACAACACCCAUCAGCGAAUUGCAGAGUUGAGAAAGGAAGGAUUGUGGUCUCUUAGACGCCUGCCAAAACUUCAGGAGGCCCUGCGUCCAAAAUCUCACUGGGAUUAUCUCCUCGAAGAGAUGCAGUGGAUGGCGACAGACUUUGCUCAAGAGAGAAGAUGGAAAAUGGCUGCAGCCAAGAAGAUGGUCAGAACUGUGGCUCGUUACCAUGAAGAAAAGAAACUUAAUGAAAUGAAAAACAAAAAGGAGGAACAGAACAAGUUAAGACGUAUUGCUGCAUCAAUUGCCAGGGAAAUAGAGUACUUCUGGUCUAAUAUUGAACAGGUAGUAGAAAUUAAACUGCACAUUGAAUUUCAAGAGAAACAAAAGCAAGCAUUGAAUAUUAAGAAAUAUUCAAGACAUGGUAAGGACCUAAAGUCACUAGAAGCCAACAUUAAGAUAGAAAAUGAAAGCAGUAUGACUUUACCAUCAGGAAAGAAGAGAAAGGCAAGCACAUCUUUGACUGAUGAAGAAGUGGAAGAUGAAGAGGAGACAAUAGAAGAACAAGAAUCAAAAGAAGCCAAUAUAAACCACCAAGCAGAGCUGUGCCGCUUGGUUCGGGAAGCUGAAUUGCCUUUGGAUGACUUAGUCAAGUUAUAUGAAGGUGCUUUUGUGGGAAGCUUCAAAUGGCCACAGUCUAUGUGUGAAAGUGAAGAAACAACCAGUGAAGAAGACCUGGAAGAGACCACCAAUGCCAGGGAAAAGAAGGAAGUCGUUAUCAUAGAUUCGCUCCUCAGUGUUGGGCAAUACCGAGGUGUGGAGAGAACCAGUCUUGGCAAGAGGCAUGCAAGAGAUAUUACAGAGGUGGUGGCAGCAGCAGAAACUCUGUUGCCCAAGGGCAGCGCCCGCAUCACAACUGCGGUGAAGUUUGCUACUCCAUGUUUGUUAUAUGGGGUUCUCAGAGAGUACCAGAAGAUUGGGCUUGACUGGUUAGCCAAACUCUACAGGAAGAAUCUCAAUGGCAUAUUGGCAGAUGAUGCUGGGCUUGGCAAGACUGUGCAGGUUAUUGCCUUUUUUGCCCAUUUAGCUUGUAAUGAAGGUAACUGGGGCCCCCACCUCAUUGUGGUGAGGAGUUGUCAUAUAUUGAAGUGGGAACUGGAACUGAAACGUUGGUGCCCCGGUUUGAAGAUUCUUCUUUAUUUUGGUGGCCAAAGAGAGCUUAGAGCAAAGAGACAGGAAUGGUCUGAACCCAACAGCUUCAAUGUGUGCAUCACCUCCUACAAGCACUUCUUUAAAGGGCAUCAGGCCUUUGCCAAAGUGAGGUGGAAGUACCUGGUGGUCGAUGAGAUGCAACAGAUCAGGAACAUGACAGAAAAACACUGGGAGGCGCUUUUCAGUCUCCGGAGUCAACAUCGUUUGCUCCUGAUUGACACUCCUUUACACAACACCUUGAUGGAAUUGUGGACCAUGGUACACUUUCUGAUUCCUGGAAUUUCAAGACCAUAUUUGGAUUUUCCAGUGAAAGCUACUAAUGAAGAGAAUCAAGAUUAUUGUCAUAAACUUGUCAUAAGGUUGCACAGAAUGAUACAGCCAUUCAUUUUACGAAGAUCGAAAAGGGAUGUCGAAAAACAGCUCAGUAAGAAAUAUGAACAUGUGUUAAAAUGCCGCCUCUCCAAUCGCCAGAAGGCUUUAUAUGACGAUGUGAUCCUCCAGCCUGGAACCCAGGAAGCCCUUAAGAGUGGACAGUUUGUCAGCGUCCUGCACGUCCUGAUGAAGCUGCAGCGGAUCUGUAACCACCCUGACCUCAUUGAUCCCAGGCUCUCCGGUGCCUCGUAUGUGCUGGAAGCUCUUGAGUUCAGGACCGCCACCGCCAUUGUACAGGCGCUGGAGCGCGGGCCCUGGAAGGAUACCGACAUGUCAAUAUUUGAUCUGAUUGGAGUAGAAAACAAAAUGACACAUUAUGAAGCCCAGGUGCUGCCCAGACAAAAGAUCACCAGGAAGCUGAUGGAGGAAAUCUACACCUCACCUCUGCCUCAGUCGAGACCCAGACCUGUCAAAAUCAAGCCCAACAGGUUGUUCCAGCCUGUGCAGUAUGGACAGAAACCAGAGGGUAAAACUGUUGUUUUCCCAAGCCCUCAAAUACAGCGUACUCUAACCACAGCAAUGGCCACCCAGCAGGGGCAAGUACGAGGAAGGUCUCCUAUAGUAGAUCAAGGUGGGGAGCUGGUCAAAGUUGUUCAGCGGCCUCCUCUAGUAGGACCCCAAGGCAGGACAGCUCCACUAGAGACUCCUGUGACUCUGCAGUUUCAAGGGAAUAAGUUCACCCUGUCACCUAGUCAGCUCCGUCAGCUCACUGCCGGCCAGCCUUUGCAGCUGCAAGGAAAUGUUCUUCAAAUUGUUUCUGCUCCAGGACAACAGUUUUUGCGUCCUCAAGCAUCUCUUGUUAUGCAGACCAUAGCACAGGCAGGGGCAGGGCAAAAUGCUCUCAGUACACCAGGAAGUCAGCAUCAAGCCAGCCUGCUGGGUUCUGCAUCCGUCACUCACCAAGUUGGUUUGCCCAGCAGACCUGCUAUUGUUAACCUUUCAUCUGGGGAACAAAGAAUCGUAUCCAAAUCUGCAGGAACUCAAACGCAGAUAUCAUUGGCAGAAAAAAACAAACUUUUAAAAGAGCGCCUUGAUAGGAUAUUUUCUGGCAAUGAACGACGUUGUUCCAGAGCUCCUGUUUAUGGCAAAGAUGUAUUGGGAAUUUGCUCAUUAUUUGGGGAAAGGAAGGCACCUCAGCAUUAUUACCCUGGAGAAAAAUGGAAACAGGCUGGCUUGGUGAAUUGUUGCCCUUCCUCAUGUACACCAGAAUGUUCAGCAGACCCACUUCAAUAUCUGAGAUUGACAUCACAUCAGCAGAAUGAAUCCCUACAGGAUGCCAUUAAAAGGGCACUCCGGGUGCUACCAGCUGUGAUUGCUGCUCCCCCUCAUCUCUACACAUCAAAUCCUUCUCCAUCCUACAGCCAAAAAAUGAACCUCUUCAGACACAAUCUCAAGUUGGAGCUGGCUCCUUAUUUGCACCAACUGCAGCAGAUAGCAGCUCCACAUUCAUUGCAGUUCCCUGAUCUCAGACUGGUGCAGUGUGAUUCAGGCAAGUUAGAAGCUCUGGCCAUCUUGUUGCAGAGGCUGAAAUCGGAAGGCCGUCGGGUGCUAAUUCUGUCCCAGAUGAUUUUAAUGUUAGAUAUCUUGGAGUUAUUUUUGAACUUCCAUUUCCUCACUUUCAUCAGGAUUGACGAAUAUGCCAGCUAUGAACAACGUCAGGAAUUGAUGAAGAGUUUCAACAGAGACAAGCGGAUAUUUUGUGCCAUUCUUUCUACCCACAGUCGUUCAACAGGUGUAAAUCUUGUAGAAGCUGACACAGUGGUAUUUUAUGAUAAUGACCUGAAUCCAGUGAUGGAUGCCAAGGCCCAAGAAUGGUGUGAUAGAAUUGGGAGAUGCAAAGACAUCCACAUAUACAGGCUUGUAAGUGGUAAUUCUGUAGAAGAAAAGCUAUUGAAGAAUGGCACCAAAGAUUUAAUUAGAGAAGUAGCAGCUCAAGGAAAUGACUAUACCAUGGCAUUCUUAACUCAGCAAACGAUCCAGGAACUCUUUGAGGUCCAUUCUCCUAUGGAUGAUACUGGCUUCAGAGUGAAAGCUGAGGAAUUUGUUCUUCUCUCUCAGGAACCUCCUGUUGCUGAAACAAUUGCACCCAAGGUUGCGAGACCUUUUAUAGAAGCUUUGAACAGCAUUGAACAAGAGGAUGAAGAGGAACCAAUCAAACAAGCAGAAGAAGCAGAAACAACAGAAAAGGAAUCCCUCCCCACAGCUUUCAUCUCAGACCUGGAUGAUUUAAAAGGCAGUGAAGAGCCUUCACAGAGAGAGGAGUUGUUUGCAGUUGUUGACCAACUUACUCCCAUAGAGAAAUAUGCCUUGAAUUAUCUGGAGCUCUUCCAUGUUUCUGGUGAUGAAAGUGGACAAAGAAUAAUAGAGAGGAAAUUGAAGAAUGUGAAGAAAAUUUGGGAACUCCAUCAUAUGAGAGAAUUGAAGGAAAAAGCAGAAAGCAUGUUUCUAGAGGAGGAAGAGGAGUUAUUGACUUACACGAGGGAAGAUGCCUAUAAUAAGGAAUAUGUUUAUGAAGGUCCAGAUGGACAGACCGAGAUAAUGCCACUUUGGACGCCACCCACUCCCCCUCAGGAUGACAAUGACAUUUACAUCGAUCCUGUCAUGUGUCUCAUGUAUGAAGCUACUCCUAUUCAGGAGUCUAAGCUGCCACCUGUGUAUGUGAGGAGAGAACAUAAGCGACUCAAAACAGAACCCUCUGCUGUUGGCCGGAAGAAGAAGCAGCACCAAGGAGAGGCUGUCAUUCCUCCUCGGUCCCUCUUUGACCGAGGGACUCCAGGGAUGUUGAAGAUGCGGCGAGAGGGCAAAGAGCAGAAGAAGAACAUGCUGUUGAAGCAGCAGACUCAGUUUGCCAAACCUUUGCCAACAGCAGUCAAACCAAUAGCAGAAUCUGGGCAGGACCACCCAGAGUGGCUCAUUAGUGAAGACUGGGCACUGCUUCAGGCUGUAAAACAGUUGCUUGAGCUUCCUUUAAAUCUCACCGUUAUGUCACCAGCACACACUCCUAACUGGGAUCUCGUAAGUGAUGUUGUCAAUUCCUGUAGCCGAGUUUACCGCUCUCCCAAGCAGUGCCGGAACCGCUAUGAAAAUGUCAUCAUUCCUAGAGAAGAAGGGAAGCUCAUGCUUGAAGUGAACCCUAAAAAGAAGGCCAAAAGUAUCUAUAAGACCAAGAAUGGUCGUCCACUUCGCACUAACCAGGUCUAUGCCCAAGAUGAAGGUGCUACCCGCACCCAGCUUUAUACCAGUCACUUUGAAAUGGCAAAAAUGAUCGCAGGAAAGAGAAGUCCCCUGAGUAAGCCCCUGCUUGGAAUGAAUCCUUUCCAGAAGAAUCCCAAACAUGCAUCAGUAUUUGCUGAAAGUGGAAUCAAUUAUGACAAGCCCCUGCCUCCAAUUCAGGUUGCUUCCCUACGUGCUGAGCGUAUUGCUAAGGAGAAGAAGGCUUUGGCUGAACAGCAGAGAGCCCAACAGCAAACAGGGAUGCAGCAGCAGCAGCUGAGCAGCCAGCAACAAACUCAGCAAACAGCAGGACAGCAACAACAACAACCUCAGCCUCAAGUACAGCCCCAGGCCCAGCCUCAGCCCCAGCCCCAGCCCCAGCCCCUGCCUCAGCCUCAGCCCCAGCCCCAGGCCCAGCCCCAGCUCCAGCAUCCAGUAGUCCAGCAGCCCCUGCAGCCUGCAGCACCUUCUGUAGCCAACUCGGCAGUUUUGGCUGGAGCAAUCAAACCUGCAGUCCCAGGAACAAGCAUACAGACGGCUACUGUGAAUGGAAAUGUCAUCAUGAACACAGUUGCUGGUGUCCCAGCAGCUACUUUCCAGCCCAUCAACAAGCGUCUCGCCUCUCCAGUUAUUCCUGGACCACUGGCAGCUUCAGGAGGUGGCAGUGCCGCUCAAGGAGUUCAUAGUCAACCUCGGCCAGCAACCACACCUGCUGCUUCAGCUGAACUCCUCUCUGGAGCACCUACUCAGGGGGUGCGGGCAGGCACUCCUGUCCCAGCUUCCACUGUGGCCAUGACCGGCCUGACUCCUGGGCAGGCUCAGACAAGGUCUUUAGGGACCCAGGUAACACAAGCAACAGCCACAGGAGCUCAACUUUCUAGCAAAACCAUCUCUCCAGCCCACUUUCAGCUUCUUAGGCAGCAGCAGCAGCAGCAACAGCAGCAAGCAGCUACUCAGCAAAAUAAACAAAUGAAUGAGAAAGCAUGUACGCAGGAGCACCUGACCAAAGCGCAGAAGCAGAAGCUGCAGCUCGCUGCCCUGCAGCCCGCUCCUUCAGGACCGCAGACAGCUCCGGGGCCGCCUCUGCUGCCCCCUCUGCUGCCGCCCCCAGCGCCCUCCCCCCAGCUCACGGCUGUCCAGGCCCCCCGGCCCGUGCUGGCUGGCGCCGCUGUGGCCAACCUGCAGGUGGCUCGCCUGACCCGGGUAGCCACUUCCCAGCUUCCAGCUCCAGGACAGAUCCAGGCCCAGGCGGCCCAGACAGCCCCAGCAGCUCUUGCCAAACCUCCAGUGGUGUCCGUUCCUGUGGUGUCCUCACCGGGGGUCACGGCCCUCCCAGUGAACAUGACCGGAAUUAGCGUGGCUCUCAGCCCGCCCCAGAAAGCCCCAGGACAGACAGUAGUUGCUCAGCCAUUGCACGUCCAGCAGCUUCUGAAACUCAAAAACCACCAGCAACAGAAAGUCAUUCAGCCCCAGAGUCAAGCUGCUGCUGUCCAGCAGAAGAUCAAUGCUCCACAAGUUCCUGUCCAGGCCCAGCAGCACAAAGUGGCUUAUACUCCUCAGCCCAACAUCAAAACCCAGUUCCUAACGACAUCUCUGUCCCAGGCCCCAAAGCCCACAGGAGCCCAGCAAGUGCCAGCCUCAGUACAGGUCCCAAAGAUUCCUCAAGUUGUUCAACAACAACCAUCAGUGACCAAUAUUCAACAGAUGGUCUCUGUUUCCCAGCAGGUUCAGGCUCAACCGCAGACUAUGACCAUGUCCCAGAUGGCGGCUGGCCCACACCAAGUACAAGUGCUUCCUGCAACAACAGCAACUUCUCAGGCAGUUCAGCAGAAACUUAUACAGCAACAGGUCGUGACACCUGCCACACCACAGGUGCAAGUCCCAGGGACACCGAACCCUGGACAGGUCCCUCCGGCCUCCGAAGGGCAAAGCCAGCAAUCCAAAGGACAGAUGCGCCUGUCUGCGGUCAGAUUAAAGGCACCGCCCAAAUCCAACUGAUGGGGGCCCUGAAUUUGGCCAGCUAGAGAGUUCUGAAGUGCCAGGGAGCAAGGAGUCAUCUAAAGUUAGAGAGCACCUUGAAAAAGUUUUAACUGUAUGCAGAACUCAAAGGUUUUAGGAAGAAAUUGGUGAAAUUCUACAUUUUAAAAGGAUGAUUCUUGCCCUCAAUUGGACCAUCUUAUCUAAAUACUGAUGCAAAACACAUAAAGAAUGUCAGCUUUGUUUUCACUUAAGAAUUCCACAGAGCUUGUCAGAAUUCUCUGCUCUUUUAUAGGAGAGGCAGCCCCUAAAAUCAUAGGCCAUUUCGUCCAUUCCGAAGUAGGACAGAUUGGCUUGGGCUGUGAGCUUUCUGGGCAAAACUAGUGGCCCUCCCCUUACACGAGCAUUCCCUCCUAGAACAAGUCUAGGUGUAAUGUGAUCUCUUCAAUCUGUAGUCAUUUGGUGUGACCAUCUCACCUAGCACUGCUUUGCACAUUAGUAGGUGCCUAAUAAAUGUUUGUUGAAUUGAAUUUGGAUGUAUAGUUAAGAUUUUAACAAAAGUUCAUCCUCUGUUCUUGUAAUUCUUUUGAACUGUUGUAAACGUGUACAUUUUCUGAAGCUCUAAGUGUGCGUGUUUGUGUGCGAGUGUGUGUGUGCGUAUGCGUGUUGGCUUUCAUUCUUCAUUUUGUGAUAAUGGUAAUUCUUGGAAUGUAAUGAGUGUGUUGAUCCUAGUCCUCUGUAUAGUAAAACUGUAACCUUUUUGUAAACGGAGUAUUCACUUUGUAUCUCUGAGAAUUUCCUAUUUGUCUAGUUUGAUACUUCCAGUUUGGGAGAAUUUUUAACUGCUGGGGUUUAAUUUAAGUUUCAUUUGCUUUGAUGAUGUUCCAGCGUUCAGUACACAAUCUAUUCAGCUUUCAGCUGGGGAAGAGAGGAAGGUAAAUAAAACCCAAGCUUAAUUCUUAAAUUGUGCAAAGAAUACACUUUUAUAUGCUUAUUUUCCUAAAGGGAAUAAUAAUGAAUGUAUUUCAGGCAGAUGUUUGGAGGAUGAGGUCACAGUCUAUUACUAUCCUAAAGGAGCUCGCCUCAUUUUUAAAGAAAUCAUCGAAUGUACGGUCAGAAGUAUGACCCACAUGUGGCAUUUUUGAAAAUAAAGCUCACUUCUGAGGCCCAAAGAAUUCCUCUUAAAUUGGUCCUGCUUUUCACUUUGCCUGGCUCAUAGGACAGUGAUGAGGAUUUUCCCAUUGCAUUUCAGAAGGUGGAUUAAAAAAACACACACACAAAAAAACAGCAUUUCCCUCCCUGUAAUGAGGGAUUAUUUUGUCUUGGAGGCUGUUUAAUGAAAAAAAAAAAAAAAAAAGCAUUUUCACUUUCUGAAACAAGUUUAAAGAUACGACAUUAUUGGUAUUAGGUGAGACAAUGGCAAAAGACAGGGCUUCUCGGCUGUUUUGAUAUAGGUCAAAACUGUUAGGUCUUCUGGGAGUUGGAAUGCUUUGGGGGCUGCGUCCCUUCUAGGGAGGGGGUUCAGUUCACCCUUAUUUCCCUGCCUGUGAAACCACCCUUUUGGACCUCUUUAUCUUUCAGGACUUUCUGGAUGGGCAGUGAGGUGGGCUCAGAGCACCAUUUGAGUUCUUUAAAUUCGACAAGGAAAAGAACAAAUGCUUUGCAUUCCUGGCAUGUCGUUGCCCAUUCCAGAAUCAUGCUGAGUUAGCUUGUUUCCCCUUUGGAACAAAAGGCUCUGUGUCCUGAACAGAUAUUACAAAUGAUGCCAACUACGUAAGCUGGUUCGUGGUCUGCCAGAGGCAGUUGGCUCUGUGGCCUAUCCAUAUGGCAGCAGAGAUGGAAACACCUUUCUUAUUUCGAAAAAAUAUUUCUCUCCCCAGAGUGGUUGACUGGUACUAGGAAGGCAGGGCCAAGUAUAAAUUACUGAUGAAUGUGGGCGCUUGUACUUGCUAAAGAGGACUGUAUGGAAUUGUGAUGUAUCCUACCAAACAAAGUGUAAUAAAGUGUACAUUUUUAU